AUGCCUGCCACGUCCUCAUCUCUCGGUACUGUGCCUUCGGAUCGUCGCAGCCCACCACAGGCAAUUCCACCCCCAUCUCGCUUCCUUCGGAUACGGACCGUUUCCUUCUCGGUUAUAAUAUCACUAUGCUUUCUUUGGAUAAUAUUGCUGUGCCUUAUUAUCUUCUCAAAAUGGGAUCUCUUAGAUCGCACUGAGCGCCCUCUCGUGGUUAUUAUGCUUCUCAUUGAUACGAUAACGGUCAUUGUUCUUCCAAUACUACUCAUCCAACCAUUCCGGGCGUGGCUGGAUGCUGCUCGCUUUCUAUUCUUGUUCGCCGCCCAUUGUGGGAUUGCAGGGGGUUUUGCGUCCAAGACACCCUCAUUCCAGUGUUCAUCAUCCGUCCCUGAUGAAGUCGCCAUCUGCAACCUUAUAAUUCUGUUUAUCAACGUGUGUAGCUGGUUUGUGCCAAUCCUAGUUGUCGGCUAUGCGUGCGGUCUCGCCUUCCUCAUGUAUCGUUUAUCAAAGUCUGUGGAGGCUUCUGCCGUCGAUGACGUAGAAAAACAAAAGAGCUCUGUCCACAACAGCUUUCACUCUCAAGUGAGCUAUGGCUAUGCCAUCUGA